CACAAAAAAAAACAUUAUUGUUGACUUUGACUUAGGGUUUGCGUUUAUGUUUUAAUUUUUUCAUUUUAUCACAUUUUUAAGUUCAUUUACCUCAAAUACCUCAUGUUUUUUACGCCGCCCUUACAUUAGGAUGACAAUGGAAAGGAGGAUAAAGUUGAAAACACUAAACAGCCAUAUUACAUGCAAAAUUUGCCGUGGGUAUUUCAUAGACGCUACUACAGUCACCGAAUGUCUUCAUACAUUUUGUAAGAGUUGCUUGGUGAAGCAUUUGGAAGAGAACAACACUUGUCCAACAUGCAACAUUGUGAUUCACCAGUCUCAUCCGCUACACUACAUCAGCUUCGACCGCACCAUGCAGGACAUUGUGUACAAACUGGUCCCGGACCUUCAGGAUAAUGAAUUGAAACGCGAGCGCGACUUCUACCGCGCGCAGGGGCUGCCGUGCCCCAAAGACGCCGCCCUCGCCGCCGACAAGCCCGCCGGCGACGAGCCUGAGCAGCCCGACAACACCGACUGUCACAGGAAGGAUGAACAGGUAAAUGUAUGCCUGGAGUGCAUAUCAACAUCGUUACGAACACUUAAGAGGAGCUUCAUUCGGUGUUCAGCACAGGCCACUAUCACACACCUCAAGAAGUUUGUGGCCAAGAAGGUGUUAAACAGCAUAGAGCAGUAUAGGGAAAUUGAUAUCUUAUGCAAUGACGAGCUCCUAGGCAAAGAUCACACACUAAAGUUUGUGUAUGUAACGCGCUGGCGAUUCAGGGACCCCCCUCUCCGGCUACAGUAUAGGCCUAAGAUUGAUCUGUAAAUCUACCACGAAUUUUGGCAAUGAGAAUUUAUAUGUUUUAGGAAAAUAUUGGAAUAAUUCUUAUAUAUAUCAAAAUUUUAGUUUUUUUAAGGGUGGCCAGUUUUUUAAAAGAAAUGAUUAGGUUAUUUGGUAAAAAUUGGCAACCCCACUUUAUUCAAAAGCAAGGAAGAGACCAGCAGAAUUUAAUUUACUAGGAAUGUAUUGAAAAAUUAAGUAUAUUAACACAUUUUAGAUGUAAGUUUCAAGUGUCGUAAUGACGAAAAAUAAUUAUCUAUGUAAUAUGGUAUGAUAACUUUUUUAUUCAAUGUUGUAAACCGAUAAAUAUAAUUAACGGUAAAAAUACCGGCAUAUAAUUACCCGUAACGUCCACUUUGGGCACAUGACUGUAUAAAUGAGAUCUUAGAUUAAUAUUUCUGAAUGUUUUAUAGAAAAUAUGCUGAACUUGUCGCUUUGAACGCCAUCGAGCGAAGUGUCAAUAAACAUUGAAUUCUCGUUUCGUUGUAAGAGUAGAACAUUUUGUUUUUCUAUUUUGUUAUUUUGUUUUAUAGCUUUGUAAAUGUUUGUUACCGUCUUAAAAACCUAAAUAGUUUAAUUUACAGUCCAAUAUGUAUUAUUUUAGUGUUUAGUUAUAAGAGAAUUCGACUUCGAUUAUCGUUUCAUAUGUAAGCAAAUAUUUAAAUGGAUGGUUGUAAGUAAAUUAUAUUAAUUUCUA